GAAACUGAUUUCGGUGGAACGCCACUUGACUAUAAUUCGCAAUUUCAACGAUAUCCUAAUGAGGCGCCGACAACUCUUCGGCGGAUACGACCAUUCUACGCGCCAUCUUACACCACCUAUCCGCCAUCGACAAUGUUACGGACGGAUAAGAAGCUCGACACGAAGAGAUAUCCAUUAUAUGCGAGAGUGGCUGUAAAAGCUGCAGAAUUAGUAAGUUCAAUGGUGAAUAUAUUAGGUGCUGCCAUAUUGGGCUUAGUACUUGGCCCCAUGAGAGGGACAUCAUUUCAUGAUUUUGUUAUACGAACAAACACGGAAUGGCAAGGAGCUGUUGUGGGCAUAGUGGCCACAUGGGCGAUAUUUACAGCUGUAUUGCUAUUGACUAGUUUUCUAGCGAAUUCCGUACAUAUGUGGCGAAAAGUUGAUGCUCACGUGACAUUGAUCGCGAUUUUAGCUUAUUUAUUAGCGUCAUGCUUGGAAGCAUACUAUGCAGCAUGUUAUCCACCGAAUGGGCCUCGAAUAAACCUAGUUUGUCAUCGAGCCGAGUGGAUCAUUGCAACG